UUGUUUAUAUGUGAAAAACCAGUGUGAAUAGAAUUUAUGCAAAUUCGAAAAAGUUUUCUUCAGUUUGGUUUUGUUUUCGCUUUUAAGCUAUGAGAAAAUUAUGGACGUAAACAUAAAAGUGUUUUAUUUACAGUACUAUAUUUAUGCCCACCCUACCCCGCCGUCUAACGGGAUCGGUGAAUAGUCGGAAAAACAAACAACAUGUAUAACACGAUUCGAAUGAAAAUGCAACAAAUUUACAACAACAGCAACAAAUGGAAAUUAAAUAGUUGAAUUAAAACAGGAAGCAAUUUUUUGUUAAUGUAUUGUUACACGCGCAAAAAUCAUGUUAAUGUCAUAAACAAAAGUAACAAGUAACCAACACCUGAAGACAACUCAAUAAACAUUUAUGUACAUAUGAAUAAGUAUACAUAUACACAUAAAUACAUAGAUAAUAAGAGAUCUCUGUCUGUCUUUGUUCGUUGCUCUGAUUGAAAAAAUGGCCGUGCAAUUGAAGCAUAAUUAUCAUCAUUUACCAUUGACCAUAACUCCGAUAUUCAGUGCCCAACAGCAGCAACAGCAGCAGCAGGUGAUAGCCGCUCCUUCUCAACCGGAUUUAACCUUCCAUUGCACCGGCUGCUCAGAAUAUUUUGUUAAUCCUUGGGCAUUAUAUCAGCAUAUGAAUAACAAGCAUCCGCAGGAGGAGGAAAUCAAACCGGAAAACAUUAAUGAUGACGACAAAUGUCCCCAGGACGAUGGUGAAGAUUAUAGCUGGAUAUUUGAACCGCUUUGUGAGCUACAAGAGAACGAAGAGAUAACCGAAUCUGUGGAAAGUGCUGAUUCUUCGACAGAGGAGCAGGAUUCAUCAGACGACGACGACGACGAUGAUGAUGACGACGAUGACGAUGAUGAUGAUGAGAGCAGUAGCAGCAGUAGUAGCUCUAGCUCCUCAUCAACAACAAGUUCCAGUCAGAGUUCGGCGUCAACUUUACCCACCACCAACGCCAACACCAUUAAUACCAUCAAUACUAAUUCGACAAAUUCCAACUCGUCGAAGACUGAACCCUUAAGGGGUCUAAUUGCCAGCUCCAAGCCCAAUGAAUUUCAUUUACAGAUCAAUGAUCCGCGAGAGUCUACAUCGAUUAUAUUGCUAAAACCUGAAAUGAGUAUUAUAGCUAUACCGCCGGCUAUGACGCCGCUUGUGACACCGCCAACGCCUCCAUCGCCCAUCGCAGCAAUCGCUCAGAAUCCCAAACGUCGUGGACGUCGCAGUGUGGUUCCAAAUCCUUCCAUAAAUGCAACACUCCAGCCAAAGUGUUUUCAAUGCUCUCAUUGUGAGGCUAGUUUUCUAAAUGCCGGCGACCUUUCCAAACACGUUCGCUCCCAUAUUACCAAUAAGCCCUUCCAGUGCUCCAUAUGCCAAAAGACUUUCACUCAUAUCGGAAGUUUAAAUACUCAUAUACGCAUUCACAGUGGCGAGAAGCCAUACAAAUGUGAACUCUGUCCAAAGGCCUUUACCCAGUCGAGCAGUCUGAUGGUACACAUGAGAUCCCAUGCUGUACGCAAGCCCCAUCAGUGUCUACAAUGCGAUAAGGGUUUCAUCAACUAUUCCUCGUUGCUGUUGCAUCAAAAGACUCACUCGACACCGGAGGAAUUGUUCAUUUGCCCGGAAUGUGAGAAGGAAUUCAAAGCGGAGGCCUUGCUAGAUGAGCAUAUGCUAAUGCAUACCCAGGAGCUGGUCUAUCAGUGUGCCAUUUGUAGGCAGGCAUUCCGUGCCAGUUCGGAGCUGGUGCAGCAUAUGAAAUGUCAUCUGGGUGAGAAGCCAUUUACCUGUAAUCUCUGCGAUCGCUCGUUCACCCAAUCGGGCAGUCUGAAUAUCCAUAUGCGUAUCCAUACGGGUGAGAAACCAUUUCAAUGCAAACUGUGCGAUAAAUGCUUCACUCAGGCCUCCAGUCUGAGUGUCCAUAUGAAAAUCCAUGCCGGCGAGAAGCCCUAUCCAUGUCCCAUUUGUGGCAAAUCUUAUAGCCAGCAAGCUUAUCUCAAUAAGCACAUACAGAACCAUCAGCAGAGUCCAGAGCUGAUGCAUCAAAUAAAGCAGGAAGAGCCACCGAAAGAAACUCUGGUGUGCAUUGCUUGUGGUUCAUUGCAUCCAGAUGCUACGUCUCUGGCCUUACACGUGACCCAACAACAUGCCCAAUUGUUAAAUAGUGUCAAGGAUAUGCCUUUACCAAGUACUCAACCAUUCGCUCCACUUCCACUUCCUAAUCCCCAACAAUUAGAUACGAAAUGCAGUCAACAAUUGACGCCACAGCGUUUGGUACCAUCUUUGAUACAAAUGCAACAGGAUUCAGCUGGCGAAGAUGAAGAGGACGAUGAAGAUGAGUUGGCUGGCGAGGAGCCCAUGGAUAUGUUCUAUGAUAUGCCCGACAUGGAUGUGGGCUAUCAGGAAGAAGUCUGCGGUGACUUCACUGAAGAUGACUAUGCCGCCGAGGAAGAGGUCUACACCGAGGAGGCCAAUUAGAUAUCAUAAGAUUAAGUUUAUUCGCUUUAAUUGGGAUUGCUCUCAAGUCAAGGAUUGUAAAUUCAUCAUUAUACAAUUUCGAAUUAUGUUUUACCAAGGACCCAAGUUCAACCCAAUUAAAUAUUUAUAUAA